ACACGACUCUCUCAUUUUCUGAAUGUUCGCCAUAUUGUUGGAUUUCUUUACCACACCCUGGGAUUUUUAUAGCGAGUUAGUGGACUCAAUUAGGGUCGAAGUUGACCCUUGUUGAUCUCCAUUAUCUCAAAACAAUAAGUAAAUGGAAUUGGAAAACAUCGUUGCAAAUACUGUGUAUUUAAAAGCACGCGAGGGCGGAGGAGGAAAAAGAAAAGGCAAGAGUAAAAAAUGGAAACAGAUACUGAAAUUCCCACACAUCUCAAAAUGUUUACAUAAAAAAGAUGACAUACAUAUAUCCUAUGAGUUUUUAGUGGAGCAGCAACCAAUAGGGAACCAGUUAUUUAGAUUAUAUUGUAACACAAGGCCAGAGCUUGCCAAAGCCAUCAAAUUCCUUGACCAAGUGAUAGACAUGUACAUGGAUCUGGCUGAUAAUGUCAAAAAGGGAACCCAGACAGUCCAAUUGGUGACUGCCCCAAAACCAAACGAUAACCACCGCAUACAUUGUAGAACCAUAAUGAACUACAUAUUGUUAAAGUCCACAUUUGAAGUCAGUCCUGCCGAGAAGAGAUUAACAGAUGCUACUUCUAUAUUUGACAAAUAUUUAGACACAAAGUCUCCGGACUAUGUUAGUCAUUUAAAUGGCGUCCAGGUCUCAAAAAUAAAGGAAGCCAUUGCAGAUAAUAGUGCUAAUAAGGACCUUUUUACCUCGUGUGUUGACGCUGUGACAGAGCAUUUGCGGAAAGAUCCAUUCUCAGAAUUUCUGGAAUCAUUGUAUUUUAAAAGAUACCUGCAAUGGAAAUAUUUAGAACAGCAACCUGUAACCAAGAACACGUUUCGAAUGUACAGAGUGUUAGGGAAGGGUGGCUUUGGCGAAGUAUGUGCUUGUCAAGUACGAGCAACUGGUAAAAUGUAUGCAUGUAAAAAGUUAGAAAAGAAAAGAAUAAAGAAGAGAAAUGGAGAAAGAAUGGCUUUAAAUGAAAAGCAGAUUCUUCAAAGAAUAAACUCAAGAUUUAUUGUUAAUUUAGCCUAUGCAUUUGAAACAAAAGAUGCACUGUGUCUAGUGUUAACCAUUAUGAAUGGUGGAGAUCUGAAAUUUCACAUACACAAUAUGGGCAACCCUGGCUUUGAAGAAGAUAGGGCUGUUUUCUAUGCAGCAGAAAUAACUUGUGGUCUUGCUGACCUUCAUUCAAAGGGCAUUGUUUAUCGAGAUUUGAAGCCAGAAAACAUAUUGUUAGAUGACAAUGGUCAUGUUAGAAUAUCAGAUUUAGGACUAGCAGAGGAAGUGCCAGAAGGGGAGACAAUUAAAGGUCGUGUAGGAACUGUAGGUUAUAUGGCUCCAGAAGUAGUUAAAAAUGAAAGAUACUCAUUUAGUCCUGAUUGGUGGGGUUUAGGUUGUAUUAUUUAUGAAAUGAUAGAAGGCAAGGGACCUUUUAGGGCAAGAAAAGAAAAAGUUCGGCGAGAGGAGGUGGAUCGUCGAGUGAAAGAAGAUAGAGAAGUUUACUCAUCUAAAUUUUCUAAUCCGGAUUGUUGUGAUAUUUGUCAACAGCUUCUACAGAAAGAUCCAACAAGUAGAUUAGGUUGUUCAGAGUCUGGUGCCAAUGCAGUUAAAGCCCACCCAUUUUUUAAAACAAUCAAUUUUAAACGAUUAGAAGCUGGAAUAGAGGAUCCACCAUUUGUUCCCGAUAGAAGAGCUGUGUAUUGUAAAGACGUUCUAGAUAUAGAACAAUUUUCUACAGUAAAAGGAGUAAAUUUAGAUCCAACUGAUGAUAAAUUUUAUGUAAAGUUCAAUACAGGCAGUGUAUCGUACGCUUGGCAACAAGAGAUGAUAGAAACAGAGUGUUUUAAAGAAUUGAAUACUUUUGGUCCCGAUGGUGGUCCAUCACCAGAUUUAGAAGACCCACCACCUCCAGAAAACAGAGGUGGUUUAUUGGAAAGAUUGUUUAGAAGACCGAGGACCAACCAGCAUCAUUGCUGUUAUAAUUCAGAAGGACACUGACAGAGGUAUUUUACCUGGUGUUAAAGACACUCAGUGAUAUUAUUUAUCAAAGCUCAGGAUUAUGUCCAGGGAGAUAAACAGAGGAUAAACUGUCUAUGGGGAGAUAACUCCAGACCUGACAGCCGUCUCUGAGGAAUGAUUUUUAUAAAUUCCCUAGUAUAAUCAACAACUUUGCUAGUUCCUUACUUUAUUUUUGUUGUUAAGAGAGAUCUUGAUAUAAUCUUAUUGUGUUUAUCCAAACAGAGAUAUAUGCCAUCAUUUUUUUCUGUGAAGGUGGAUUAUGCACCUCCAGAAUAUGUGAGAUUUAGGAUUGUAGGGCUCCUGUGAUAAAAUGUGAAUAGUGGUCACUUGCUAGAUGUUAAUUCAAUAAUGAGGUCUAGUGGUCACUUGCUAGAUGAUAUUCAAUAAUGAGGUCUAGUGGUCACUUGCUAGAUGAUAUUCAAUAAUGAGGUCUAGUGGUCACUUGCUAGAUGAUAUUCAAUAAUAAGGUCUAGUGGUCACUUGCUAGAUGAUAUUUAAUAAUAAGGUCUAAUAUCACUUGCUAGAUGUUAUUUUAAUAAUAAGGUCAUUGAUCAGCUGAAGAACUCAGGUUCCUUCUCUAGAUAAUGCAGGGUACUUACUAGAUAUCAAUCAAAUGUCUUGAUUUAAAUUUUGUUUUAAAUGUUAUCCUUUACUUAAGGGAGGUAAGCCUUGGUAAAGGGAUACAACUCUAAAUUAUUUAUGCUUAUCAUGGAUUUUUUAUCUUCAUGUGAUACAGAAUUGAAGAAAAAAAAUCUGUGUUACUUAAAAGCUUAGAAUAAAUUUAUAAAAAAUGGUUACCACAAAAGUGCCCAUUAUUGUUUUAGUCAUAUCCCUUGACCUAGUUCUUCCUCUUUAAGCUCUCAUGGGCCCUAAUGAUUAGGUUACAAUACUGUAACGCUAAUCAUCAACCAGAUCUUUACGGUUGUUUAAAUUAGAAAAAAAUUAUAAUUAAUAAAAUAGUACAUAUUUUUUGUUUUAGUCCUAAAAAUUUCUUUUCCUGAAAAUAGGAGUACUUGUACGAAUUUAGAGGAAGGGCUAAGGGCCUUAGACCACUAUAAAAAUUUGAACCCCUGCACAUUUUAAAAGAUAAAAAUUAACAUAACUUUCAAAUACAUUGAUAUUUGAUUAUAUUUUAAUAUUAUACAUUUAUAUUUUGUGUUUCUUAAUGAUUUGCAUAUUAUAGCAGACCUGUAUAUUUCUUUGCAGAAAAGAGAAUAAGAAUGAGUUUUCUUUCUGUUGAAAGAGUUUUAACAUGUCGGCUUAGUAAAUUAUAAUUAAUCCAGUAGUGCUAGGAAAUUUUCCUUCCUGAUUUAAAACAAGAGUCCCAUUUCUGUACUGGUUCAGAAAAAUCCAAGUUAAGACAACCUUGUUUGACUUCACACUUUGAACUAAAGUGAAGUUAUUUAAACUUCUGAUAGGAAACUAAGAAUUGCAUGUUAUAUGUUUAAUUUUAUUCUAAAACAACUUUGACAAAGCAAAAAAAAAACAACAAAAAACAUUUGUUUGCUUGAAAAAUCUUGUAACAUUCAUGAUUAUUUUUUUUUCCAUUUUUUCAUAGUUGUUUGUCAAAGCCUUAUAGGUAAUGAGCAGAAAAUUUUAUUAAUAUAACAAAUUCACAUAACUUAUUCAAGCACUUAAUUUUUUUGAAUCUAUCAGAAACAUGGUUUUUAUUAUGGUAGUUUAAUGUGAAGGAUAAUUAGAGAUGAAGAACAGCAAUAAAAGUGCUCUGUAUCUUUUAUAAUGGUCUUGUCAACUAAGUACAUGUAGGGAUUUUGUAAUGAAUUGAUACCACAUCCCCUCUUUUUCCUUUACUCUGAAAUAUGGGAGUAAGUUUUUGACCAAGUUCAAGGUCGCAUUGGAACAAAACUAUAUAUUAUACCCCACAUUAUAUAAUCUUUAUAGAAUAGGGCAUUUAUUUAUUCUGACCACUAUUUAAUAAGACUGAGUUGUGACCAAAGUUGAGACGAGGAGUUUAUUUACUUUCAUAUAAUGGCUUUCCCAUUUAAAUACACAUGGAGAGAGGAACACAUCUUAUGUUCAGAUCCCCAAACAUAAAGUGUGCUCCCCUCAGAGUAUGUUAAAAUGAGAUUGCUAUACAUGUGACCAUAGGGUAAUAAAUGCCUGUAUCUAACAAGUGAUAGGAGCUAUGAUGGCAGCUUGCUAGUCAAGAUUAUUUGUACCUGGUGUUCAUUUAAAUGUUGUCUUCCUAUAAGGAAAUUUCGUAGAUAGAAAACUUGCCAGUAUUUUGUCAAAAAAAAAAAGAUUUGUUUACAUUGCAAGGUAAUGUGCUCACAGUAAUAUGUUUUGUUAUAAUUGUUAGAUUUUUAUUUCUCCUCAGUUAUUGUAUCAUUGGUAUGAGAGAAGUUUUUAUAGUGAGAAUGAGUAUCUGCCAGUAUUUAAGAUGUAUGUAUAUUCUUUGUUAUGAACCCAUUUGAUGACUUGUCAAGUUUUCAUAUGUAGUAAAUAAUGCAUCCGUUAUAAUACAAGGAUUUAUUUUGUCCAGCGUUGAAGUGAUUUUUCAUUGUGCAUUGUAGUUCUGAUUAGGCCAGACUUGCAUUAUUUUAUAAGGAUAAUAUAUAUAUAUAUAUAUAUAUAUAUAUAUAUAUAUAUAUAUAUAUAUAUAUAUAUAUAUCAAAUUUUGCUAUGAAACAUAAUACACUUUCCUUUAAUUCAUCUUACUUUGAUGAAAAUUCUUGGCUUUUAUAACUGGAAAUGUUGCUUAAACUUUUAAAAUCUUCACCAAUAGUAGUUUACCAAAAAUAACUAAAAUGCUUGUAGUUGAUAUAUAUUUUUAUAAAUUUGGAUACUAAUGAUCUUUUAGAAUAAUUACAGUACAGGAUUUCAGUUGUUAAAUUUAUCAACCAGAAGAAAGUUAUGGUGGUAUUUAUGAAUAAUAUUUAUCAUCUGUCUCCCAUUUUGUAUCCACACCCUACCUUUGUAGAUAUAAUGAACAGAAGGUGUGAAUUAUACAUCUGCCAUUAGUUCAAGUCAAAAUCUUUUAAAUUGUAACCCCUGGUGAAUGUCACUUGAAGAUCAUGAUUGCAGUUAAUUCGUCCAUUGAAAUGCUGUACAGGCAAAAUAUUUGUACUACCUGCCACAAUCUAAGAUGGGCAUUGCAGAAUGGUUGGUCAUAAUGUAACAAUGUGCCUUCACUCAAGGUUAUGAAGGUAAAGGUCACAGAGGAUUAAAUUAUACAACAUCGGAAUCAACACAACGCCGUCAUGACCAUGAUACAUUAGGACCUUGCAUUAUUUUCUGUCUACGUAAAACUUCCAAUAUCUUGGAUCCCAAGAAAAAUCUGGUAGGCCCCUUAUCAUAUUUUGGGGGGUAUCUAAAGUGUUAGGUGGAUGCUUUAUUUCAAGAUAUAGGCAGUUCUGUUUUGUAUGAAGAUGUGGCACCAGUUUUACUUGUGAUUUUUGAUACAUCUAGUAAAGGACAUUCAUAACUGUCAAAUUAUUAACCUUUUCUACUGAAAGGUUU